AGAAAAUUUAAACAGCUGGAUGAGUUAUUUUGAUUUUAUGAAAAUUUCCUACAAAUUAAUCAACAUUUUAGUUUUCAAACAUUUUAAUUCAUUAUUUUAUAAUGCUUACUUCUUUCUCAAAAUGUACCUUGCUAAAAGCAAGUCAACAUACCUUACGUCCUAUGUCUACUGUAAAUUUUGAUAUUCAACAUAAACAACCCAUUGCUAGACGACAAAUUGGAUUACCUCGAGCCAGGUAUGGAGGAAGAAAUGCAGUGACUAUGUUACCAGGAGGAGGCAUUGGACCAGAGUUGAUGAGUUAUGUGAAAGAAGUUUUCAAUCAUGGUGGUGUGCCAGUUGAUUUUGAAACAGUUCAGAUAGAUCCAUCGAGCAAUAGUAAUGAUGAUUUACAAUAUGCUAUAACAUCUAUUCGAAGGAAUGGAGUAGCUAUCAAAGGAAAUAUUGAAACUAGAAGCCUAGACACUGAUAUUAUAUCUCGUAAUGUAGCUAUACGUAAUGAACUUGAUUUAUUUGUGAAUGUCAUAAAUGUUCAAUCUUAUGAAAAUGUACCCAGUAGACAUAAAAAUGUUAAUAUUAUUAUUAUACGUCAAAACACUGAAGGUGAAUAUGCUAUGUUAGAACAUGAAAGUGUUUAUGGCGUAGUUGAGUCAAUGAAGGUGAUUACUAAAGAAAAUUCUCAACGUUUAGCUCGUUAUGCUUUUGAAUUGGCAAAGAACAAUGGCCGUAAAAAAGUCACAUCAAUACAUAAGGCUAACAUUAUGAAGUUAUCUGAUGGUUUAUUUUUAGAAACAUGCAAAGAAAUGGCAGAAGAAUAUCCAGAAAUACAAUUUGACAAUAUGAUAAUUGAUAACUGCUGUAUGCAACUUGUGUCUAAUCCACAUCAAUUUGAUGUUAUGGUUAUGCCGAAUCUUUAUGGGUCAAUUGUAUCUAAUGUAAUUUGUGGUCUUGUUGGUGGAGCUGGUUUAAUAUCUGGCCGAAACUAUGGAGAUCACUAUGCUGUUUUUGAGCCUGGAACUAGAAAUACAGGUUCCUCAAUCGCAGGUGCCAACAUUGCUAAUCCUGUUGCCAUGUUAAGUGCAUCUGCUGAUAUGUUAGAACAUUUAGGACAUAAAAUGCAUUGUGAAAUGAUUAGAACUGCCAUUACUAAAACACUCACUGAAGAUUUAGUUCACACUGCUGAUUUAAAUGGCACUGCAUCUACAACAGAUGUAGUACAUAAUAUUAUUAAGCAUGUUAAAAUCUUAGCAGGUAAACGUGUGUGAAAAAUACACAUCUACUAUUAAUAAUAAGUACUUUUAAAAAAAUGUUAACUGAUAGAUUUAAAUUUCUUAAAUUGGUUUUCUAACAAACUCUCUAUUAUUGUAAAUUAUUUCAAAAAGUAUGAAAAUUAAUAAAAUAUCAUUUAUUAUUUAAUUUUA